AUGGCUGAUACACCUGUGAUCACAGUUUACGACGCACAAAGCUCAGGAGAAGUCAAGGAAAGCGUUGCCCUCCCAGCAGUUUUUACCGCCCCAAUCAGGUUAGAUAUAGUUCGUUUUGUGCACGACAACCUUAACAAGAACCAUCGCCAGCCAUACGCAGUCUCCCUUUGGGCAGGCCACCAACACUCAGCCGAGUCCUGGGGUACUGGAAGAGCAGUUUCCAGAAUUCCAAGAGUUUCUGGCUCAGGAACCGGCAGAGCCGCUCAAGGUGCUUUCGGCAACAUGUGUAGAUCCGGAAGGAUGUUCGCUCCAACCAAGAUAUGGAGAAGAUGGCACAGAAGAGUCAACAUCAAGCAAAAGAGACACGCUGUUGCCUCUGCAAUUGCAGCUACUGGAGUUCCUUCUCUUGUUAUGGCAAGAGGCCACCAAAUUGAGAACGUCAAUGAAGUCCCAUUGGUCUUAGACGGAAUUGAAAAAGUUGAAAGGACCAAAGAGCUCCUUGACAUCCUCACAAAAUAUGGAGCUAAAGACGACUUAGAAAGAGUUGAGAAGAGCGUCCACUUGAGAGCUGGAAAAGGAAAAUACAGAAACAGAAGAUACACAUUAAAGAAAGGGCCUUUGAUCAUCUACGAAGAUAAGAACUGUGCUUUGAGAAGAGCUUAUAGAAACAUCCCUGGAGUUGAUGCAGUUUCAGUCCACGAAUUAAACAUCCUUAAGCUUGCACCUGGUGGAACCUUAGGAAGAUUCGUAAUUUGGUCAGCAGCAGCUUUCAAAGCUCUUGACAACAUCUUUGGAACUUACUCAACACCUGGAGUUGAAAAGAAAGGAUACACCUUACAAAGACAUAUGAUGACUCAAGCAGACGUCUCAGCUAUUGCUAAGUCUGACGCUGUCCAAGGUGUCUUAAGACCAAUCAAGAUUGAUGAAGACGAGCACCACCCUAAGAAACAAAAUCCUUACAGAAGCAAGAGAGCAAUGGAAAAACUCAACCCAUUCUUCAAGCUCAAGAAAAGAUUUGAAAUUCUUAAAAACCGCAGAGGACAUUAA